AUGGCGAAAGCCGAUCCAGAUUUGGACCCUGUGUGGGGUUUGCUCAUCAGUUCCGUGCCGGCGCAGGAUGCUGCUUGCGUUGAGAACUACCAGCUGGAAAGCCAGGCAUACUCUUCCAGGACUGAGGAGAAUUUCAGACAAGAACAAGAUCCGGCCUCUUCUGAGGAGGAUGAGCAGCCCCGACUGGCUGCCAAAGCCUCCAAGCCCAUCUCCAACGUUGUCGACAAGGCAGAAGUCUCUGCUGAUGUCUUUGAGCUUCCGGCAGAGGUUGACAUAGGCACCGUGGUCAGGUGGGAUAUCCCAGGCUGUGACGCUUUCGUCCUGGAUGGUGUCCUCAGCGAGACGGAGUGCCAUGCCCUGCGCAGCAGCGCUGAGGGACUCUGGACAUUCUGGGAGGACGAUCCGGCGAGGCCACGCAUCUCCUUCCGCAACGCGCACACGGUGGAGGUGACGCAUCAGUCCUUGGCAGAUCGAAUCUGGCGAAGAGUUUCUGCUCAUGUCCAACCUAAGGUUGAGCUUGGCCCAGAAGAUCCACGCUUCGAAAUCGACAUCGAAGGCACGUGGUGCCCGUAUGCGAUGAAUCCCAAGUUGUUGCUUUCGCGCUAUCUGGAUGGCGGCCACUUCAGUCCCCACACGGAUGGAACCACCGUGGUCGAUUUCAAUCGCCGUACCUUCUAUAGCUGUGUUCUCUUCCUCAAUCCGUCCCCAUGGGGUGGGCACACUCGCCUCUAUGCUGACGAACAAAUGCAGCGAGAACUGCAGAUGGAUGAUGCUGGCCGGCUGACCGGCGACAGAGAUCUUGUCCUGGCCGAAGUGGCUCCGAAAUCAGGGAGGAUGCUGGUGUUCUACCAUCGCUUGAUGCAUGAAGGCAUCCCGGCGGCGGAGAAGUACAUCAUCCGCACUGAUGUUCUGUAUCGUCGUCAUCCGGAAAUUUGCACUGCACCGGAAGAUGUAGAGGCCUUCCAAAUGUACCAGGAGGCGCAGCUGCUCGCCGAGAAAGGCGAAUGUGCGGCUGCAGCAGGCCUUUUCCGCGGCGCCUUUCGCAGAAGCGCUGCUCUGAAGGCCGUCUAUCGGAUGUGA